AUGGCCGCCGCCAUCUUGCGACGACGGCCCGCGGAGCCCGAGCGAGAGCCCGAGCAGGAGCCGGAGCAGGAGCAGGAGCAAGAAGAGCCCUCUCCCCUCUGCAGCCCUGCUCCCGGCCGCAUCCAUACCAGUGACUCUGGCCUCUCUGACAGUGAGGAGAGCGUGUUCUCCGGCCUAGAAGAUUCUGGCAGUGACAGCAGUGAGGACGACAGUGAGGAUGGGGCCCACAGUGAUGGAGGCCAUGGUGGGACGAGGAAGACCACUGAGAAACAGCCACAGGCUGGCACCCCCUCCCCAAGGACAGAGGCAGUGGUGAGCACUCCGGCGGAGGACGAGUAUGCAGAGGACAGCUCUGAUGAGGAGGACAUCCGGAACACUGUGGGCAAUGUGCCCCUGGAGUGGUACGCGGACUUCCCCCACGUGGGCUAUGACCUGGAUGGCCGGCGCAUCUAUAAGCCCCUGCGCACCCGCGAUGAGCUCGAUCAGUUUCUGGACAAGAUGGAUGAUCCUGAUUACUGGCGCACAGUGCAGGACCGAGGGACGGGCCGGGAUGUGCGGCUGACGGACGAGCAGGUGGCCCUGGUGCAGCGGCUGCAGAGAGGCCAGUUCGGGGAUGUGGGCUUCGACCCUUAUGAGCCAGCUGUGGACUUCUUCAGUGGGGACACCAUGAUCCACCCGGUGACCAACCGCCCUGCCGACAAGCGCAGCUUCAUCCCAUCGCUUGUGGAGAAGGAGAAGGUCUCUCGGAUGGUGCACGCCAUCAAGAUGGGCUGGAUCCAGCCUCGCCGGCCUCGUGACCAGGCCCCUAGCUACUACGACCUGUGGGCCCAAGAGGACCCCAACGCUGUCCUGGGGCGUCACAAGAUGCACGUGCCCGCCCCGAAGCUGGCGCUACCAGGCCACGCUGAGUCGUACAACCCUCCUCCUGAGUACCUGCCCAGUGAGGAGGAGCGCCUGGCUUGGGAGCAGCAGGAGCCUGGGGAGAGGAAGCUCAACUUCUUGCCGCAAAAGUUCCCGAGCCUGCGGGCUGUGCCCGCCUACAGCCGCUUCAUUCAGGAGCGCUUCGAGCGCUGCCUCGAUCUCUACCUGUGUCCCCGACAGCGCAAGAUGCGGGUGAACAUGGACCCCGAAGACCUCAUCCCCAAACUGCCUCGGCCGAGGGACCUGCAGCCCUUCCCCACCUGCCAGGCCCUGGUCUACAGGGGCCACGGCGACCUGGUCCGCUGCCUCAGUGUCUCUCCGGGGGGCCAGUGGCUGGCUUCAGGCUCAGACGACAGUUCGGUGCGGCUCUGGGAGGUGUCCACCGCCCGCUGCAUGAAGACUGUGCCUGUGGGGGCCGUGGUGAAGAGCGUCGCCUGGAACCCCAACCCUGCCGUCUGCCUGGUGGCUGUGGCUGUGGAGGAUGCUGUGCUGCUGCUGAACCCAGCCCUGGGGGACCGGCUGGCGGUGGGCGGCACCGAUCAGCUGCUGAGUGCCUUCAGCCCGCCGGAGGAGCCGGCCCUGCAGCCCGCCCAGUGGCUGGAGGCCACAGACGAGGAGCGCCAGCGUGGCCUGCGGCUGCGUAUCUGCCACAGCAAGCCAGUGACUCAGGUGGUCUGGCACGGGCGCGGAGACUACCUGGCCGUGGUGCUGGCAACUCCGGGCCACACGCAGGUGCUGAUCCACCAGCUGAGCCGGCGCCGCAGCCAGAGCCCUUUCCGCCGCAGCCACGGGCAGGUGCAGCGCGUGGCCUUCCACCCCUCCCGGCCCUUCCUGCUGGUGGCCUCCCAGCGCAGUGUCCGCCUCUACCACCUGCUGCGCCAGGAGCUCACCAAGAAACUCAUGCCCAACUGCAAGUGGGUGUCCAGCCUCGCCGUGCACCCGGCAGGUGACAACAUCAUCUGUGGCAGCUAUGACAGCAAGCUGGUGUGGUUCGACCUGGAUCUCUCCACCCGCCCCUACAAAGUGCUGCGGCACCACAAGAAGGCUCUGCGGGCCGUGGCCUUCCACCCCCGGUACCCGCUGUUCGCAUCGGGCUCUGAUGACGCCAGCGUCAUUGUCUGCCACGGCAUGGUGUACAACGACCUGCUGCAGAACCCACUGCUGGUGCCCGUGAAGGUGCUCAAAGGCCACGUGCUGACCCGAGGCCUGGGCGUGCUCGACGUGGCCUUCCACCCCACCCAGCCCUGGCUCUUCUCCUCAGGUGCUGACGGCACCCUCCGCCUCUUCACCUAGCGCCCCAGCCCAGUGCUGGGGGGGGGGAAGGGGGACAAUACAGCUCUUUGUCACCACUGCCUGGGUGCUGACCCUUCCCUCGGCCCGAGCGUUCCCACGUGGGACCGUCGGGGCCCUGCUCUUCAGCCCAUGCCCCCAGGGCACCCCAGAAGGACAGACCAGGUGUCGGCCCCCCACAGCACUGCUGGGGGGCUCAUGGCUUU